GCAGAAGAAACAGCUCUGCCAGAAGAAUAAAUAUCUAAAAAUAAAAAAGAAGAGAGGCAUAAAACGUCAACUCCGGCAUAGUAGGAAUCGGAGAUACGAGGGUUCAGAAUAAAUUUGCAGUAUUUGGGAUAGCAGAAAAAAUAGGGAAUCAGUUAAAAUGGGAAUAUUAUUCAUACAAGAUAAAAAUCGCAGGUUCCUGCUUUGGCACUUCACAGAUUGGUCUCAUUUUCGUUGAUCGAGCGUACGAUAGUUUUGCUUCAAAAUGUCGAAGUCUUGCUGCUUUCCUGUCAAUCUUGAACGUUCCUUCAGGAGUAGCAGUUCCAAGUCGCCCAAGACCCCCAAGACUCCUUCCUCUGAUUCAUCGAAACGGGAAAAAGGAAGGUCCCAAGAGAAAAGUCCCCUGCUGAGCGAGGAGAAGGGUUCACUGGUUGUCUGUUUCGGGGAGAUGUUAAUCGAUUUUGUGCCGACUACUUCUGGAGUUUCACUUGCUGAUGCUGCUGGAUUUAAGAAAGCCGCUGGUGGUGCUCCUGCAAAUGUUGCUGUUGGGAUAUCAAGAUUAGGAGGCUCGUCAGCUUUUAUAGGCAAGGUUGGUGAAGAUGAAUUCGGGCGCAUGUUAGCUGAUAUUAUGAAGCAAAAUAGUGUUGACAAUUCUGGCAUGCGUUUUGACACACAUGCAAGGACUGCAUUGGCAUUUGUAACUCUGAGAGCUGAUGGAGAGCGUGAAUUCAUGUUUUAUCGCAAUCCCAGUGCUGAUAUGCUUCUUCGUGAGUCAGAGCUUGAUACCAACUUGCUGAAGAAGGCAAGAGUAUUUCACUAUGGAUCAAUUAGUUUGAUUGAAGAACCUUGUCGCUCAACUCAUCUUGCUGCUAUGGAAAUUGCUAGGCAAUCUGGUUGCAUCCUCUCUUAUGACCCAAACUUAAGAUUGCCUCUGUGGCCUUCAGCUGAGGCUGCUCGUACAGGCAUCAUGAGCAUAUGGGACAAAGCUGACUUUAUUAAGAUAAGUGAGGAUGAAAUUGAAUUUUUAACAGAGGGAGAUGAUCCUUAUGAUGAUAAGGUGGUGCUAGACAAGCUUUUCCACCCCAAUCUGAAACUUUUGCUCGUCACUGAAGGGGCAAAUGGCUGCAGAUACUACACAAAGGAUUUCAAGGGUAAGGUUGCUGGUGUUAAAGUCGAUUGUGUGGAUGCAACUGGGGCAGGUGACGCUUUUGUUGCUGGAGUUGUAAACAGUUUGGCUUCAGAACCAGAUCUAUACAAGGAUGAAAAGAAGUUGAGAGAAGUUCUAUUGUUUGCAAACGGCUGUGGUGCUAUCACAGUGAAAGAGAGAGGAGCCAUUCCUGCACUUCCCACCAAAGAAGCUGUCCUCCAACUUCUGGAGAAAGCUGCUGCUUGAGAAGUAAAACAUACUCCCAUCAACUUUGCCCUCAUUUGUUAAUUAUUUAAUGGCAUACUAUAUCCAUAUUCCAACCUUGCUUUACGUCAGUAUAAACUCUCUGUACAAAAGUUUUUGAAUUCCACCAUUUUGGGAUGGGAACACCUAGUUUGAAUUCCUGCUACAAUUGCAAUGAAAUGAAUGUCUAAUAGGCUCAGUGGUCUUACUACUCUGGUGGUAUAUUUGCUUGCCUGA